CCAGGGUUCGUAUGCAUAAAAAUUCUUAUUCUGCUAAGCAUAUUCUUAAGUGUCGAUUUACGCUAAGUAGAGUGACGUUUUUUACUUAGCACGUCACUUGGCGUUGUAAGUGGAUUGCAUGAUGCGUCUUAUUCUUACUUAUAUGUCUUAGAAUAUGCUUAAAGUUAAACAACACCCCACCUUGUCUUAAGUGUUUAAGCAUUUUGCUUACCAUAGCAAAAUGGCUGCCGGACAGCAAAGACAACGCCGCGUUUUUAAGCAGAGAUUGGAUCCCUUUACAGAAUAUAAUGGUGUAGGGCUUAUCACACGCUAUCGUUAUGACGGACAAGGGAUUGAACAUAUCGGGACGCUGAUUGACGAUUUUGUUUCACCAGCAACAAGUCGAAAUUGUAGCAUACCAACUAAUUUACAAGUCAUGAUAGCUCUUCGCUAUUUCGCAACAGGAAAAAUGCAGUUAUGUAACGGGGAUGACUUCGGAAUUCACCAAUCAACUGUGUCCAGAAUUGUACAGAGGGUUUCUACAGCCUUAACUCGACCGCAUAUCAUACGAAGGUACAUAAAAUUUCCCACUGACGCUCAGAUAAUUCACCGGCAUCAAACAGACUUUCACGCAAUUGCCAAUUUUCCGGGAGUGCUUGGCGCUAUCGACGGGACCCAUUUUAGGAUACUGCGUCCUACAGUUAAUGAGGAAGAAUUCGUAAAUCGCAAAAACUACCAUAGUAUUAAUGUGCAAAUUGUCGUCGAUGCACAUUGCCAUAUACUGGACAUAGUCGCCAAGUGGCCUGGAUCAACACAUGACGCAAGAAUUUUGCGAGAAAGUGGCAUAAGCCAAUUAUUUCAAACACCCGGAAUAAUUCCUGUUAAAUGUCACCUACUCGGCGACAGUGGCUAUCCUUGUAAGAACUGGUUACUGACUCCAUUCCUUAACCCUGCAACCCAACAGGAAAGAAGAUACAAUGGUUCACACAAGGUGACAAGAUGCAUUGUGAAGAGAACCAUAGGACAAUGGAAAAGACGUUUUCACGUACUACAUUCUGAGAUAAGGAUGUGUCCAGAGAGGGCUUGUAGGAUUAUAAUGGCUUGCGCCGUACUUCAUAAUUUAGCAAAAUUGCUCAACACACCAAUCAUUGAUGAGGAUGGAGAAAGUGAGGAUGAUUUUGAUGAGGACAGUGAUGAUGAUGAUGCUGAUAACAACCGUGUCCCUGACAAUUUGGGUGGUAGAGCAUACAGAAACCAUAUCACAAUGAAUCAUUUCUAGAGUUAACACUUAUUUAUUAUAAUAUUUCCAUUAUCGAAUCUAAAUUACUGUAUUUUCAGUAAACAUUAAAAUGAAUUUUUUAUAAAUCUUUUUUAUUGAA